AUGCGGUACUAUACGCUGUCAGCCCUGUUACUAAGCAUUUCGAGCUUGGCCGUUGCCCACGAUAACAUUUCGAAUACCGAAAACGUCUCGGCCAAUACUUUUGAUAACGGCGGGUUUGGUGCUCCUGGUGGUAGUCCUGGUGGUGGAUUUCCUGGUGCUCCUGGCGCUGGCCCUCCUAAUGGAGUUCCCGGUUUCCCUUCAGGCAAUCCCAAGGAUUCGGGUGAUAACAAAGGGCAACCCCCCAAAAAUGAGGUAAUUUUCAUGUUGUGUUUGCUUGGAACAUGGCGCUAAUGAAACAUAGGGUCCCCCUAUGAAGGACAACAACCCACAUAAGGGGUUUGACGAUAAGGAGCCUCCAAAAGACAACAACCCACAUAAGGGAUUCGACGACAAGGAGCCUCCAAAAGACAACAACCCACAUAAGGGAUUCGACGACAACAAGCCUCCAAAGGACAACCCUAACGAUGAUAACAAGCCGCCAAAGGAUAAGUCUCCACCACCUAUGAAGGAGACACCUCCGCCAAUGAAAGAGAGCCCUCCAAAGGAUAAUCCUAACGAUGAUAACAAGCCGCCAAAGGACAAGUCUCCACCACCUAUGAAGGAGACACCUCCACCAAUGAAAGAGAACCCUCCAAAGGAUAAUCCUAACGAUGAUAACAAGCCGCCAAAGGACAAGUCCCCUCCACCACCUAUGAAGGAGACACCUCCGCCACCAAUGAAGGAGAUGCCUCCACCAAUGAAAGAGAGCCCUCCAAAGGAUAACCCUAACGAUGAUAACAAGCCGCCAAAGGACAAGUCCCCUCCACCACCUAUGAAGGAGACACCUCCGCCACCAAUGAAGGAGAGUCCUCCCCCAAUGAAAGAGAGCCCUCCAAAGAAGGAGAUCCCACCUCCAAUGAAGGAGGUUUCUCCUCCAGCGCCAACCUUCGCCCCAGUCAGUCCUCCUGUCGUCAUUCCACUUCCACCACCUGCUCUUGUAAAUACCAUCUGCACGAUCUGCACAGUCUGCACCAACUUUACCAUCACCGUCACGCAUACCAUGAUGAUGACAGCCCCAAUUCCUCCACCCGUUCAAACUCCUCCAACACUACCACCUCCAACACUACCACCAGCUCCUGUAGUUCCACCACCGGUAGCUCCUCCAGCCAAGAUUACUCCUCCUCUCGUCAUUGCAACUCCUGCCAUCGAGAGGACAACUUCUCGCACUGUCUCGAGGGUAUUGGCAACUGGAACUGGGGUUGGACCACCAUCAGCUAUCUUCACGGGUGCUGCGGCUCCUCUGGGAUCCAGUGCAGUAAACGCCGCAGCAGGAGGACUUUUCGGUUUACUGGCCGCUAUGCUUCUGUAG